UCCAGAGGAAAAGCAGUGUUGAAUUUAGCGGGUCACGGGCUCGCUGCUUAUGUCCCUGUUCGAGGAAAUGCAGGAAACCGAUGGCGAAAACUCAAUGUAUUGCCUUUCGUGCCAGGACUAUUACGUUCCGGGAGACGCCGGCACCUGCAGGGAGUGCUACGAAGAAGCUAACGAGACCGAGGAGGAGCUCAAGACUGAGAUCGACGACUUGAAGGCCAAAGUUGCCUUCCUCAGCCUUUUGCCUCCAAUUGAUCACCACAAUCGCUCCGAUUCUGACGUUAUUUUGGUUCCCUCCGAUGAGACUUCUGAUCUACCCUCCCUGACUGUUCCGGCUCACAAGGUUGUUCUGGUGAGUCGCUCCCCAGUGUUCAGAGCAAUGCUUGAAAAUGAUAUGGAGGAAAGACGAAGCGGUACCAUAAAGAUCAGUGAUGUAUCAUACAAUGCUCUUCGUGCCUUUGUUGAUUAUUUAUACACUGCAGAAGCAUGCCUUGAUGACCAAAUGGCCUGUGAACUGUUAGUUUUAGCUGAAAAGUAUCAGGUGAAGCAUCUCAAGGCAUAUUGUGAAAAGUAUUUGAUGGCCAGAUUGAACUGGGAAAAAGCAGUCGCGAAUUAUGCCUUUGCUCACCGACACAAUGCUAAACAAUUACUAGAUGCAUCCUUGGGAUUAAUCACAGAUAACAUGGACAAGCUUUCUAAGCGUGAGGAGUAUGAGGAUCUGGUGGAGAGUAACCCUCGUAUUGUGGUCGAAAUCUAUGAAGCUUAUCUCUCAAAACAGGUUAAUACUGCAGCCAGCAAGAAAUCUUUCAAAAAGAAAUAGCAAAAGGGCAGAAGGAACUAAGAAUCAACGUCCUUUUUACCCCAAAAAAAAAAAAAAAAGAAUCAAUGUCCUGAUAGGCAAAGUAAUGGCCAUUCAUUUCUUCAAGUUUGAUAUCCUUGACUGGCGAUUAUUUUGUGGAUGCCUGAAAUGUAAAUGAAUGUAUUGUUGGCAUACCCCAUUAAUCCAGCCCCUCUUUCAAGUUUGUUUCA